AUGUCGGUCGCACGAAUCGGUUUCUCGGAGCUCCAUGGUGGCGGCCCAGACCCGCUGGCCGAUAUCGUCUUCGUUCACGGCCUUGGAGGGCACCCGGAGAAUACCUGGACGUAUACACCUGCGAAGGAUAGUCGAUUUCGUCACCGAUUCUUCCACUUCAGAUCGGAUAGGAAGAGACUCAUACAGGCUGUUCCAAGCGUUUUCUGGCCAAGGGAACUGCUACGACAAGAUUUAUCAAACUGUCGAAUCAUGACAUACGGCUAUGACUCGGACAUAGUCAGCUUCCUGGCACCAGUCGACAGGUCGAGCCUUUAUCAACACUCAAACAGCUUCUUGGUUGACCUCAGUCAUCGGCGGCAAAAAUGGCCCGCGCGGCCCAUCAUAUUUGUCGCCCAUAGUUUAGGCGGAAUUCUGGUCAAAGAUGCAUUAAAGCAGUCUCAGGAUGCGCAAUACAAGCCGAAGCUUCAGAAUAUCUAUGAAAAUGUUCAUAGUGUUAUUUUCCUAGGAACCCCGCAUCGAGGCUCAGAUUGGGCGGCGUUGGGCAAAAGUCUCUCCAUCUUUGCAUUGGGAAAGGCGAACGAUGGGCUGCUCAGGUCUCUCCAAGUCGGAAGCGCAGACUUGGAGCGUCUGACAGAUGCCUUCGCAGUUAUGCUGAAAGCAAACAAGGUCAAGGUGUGCUCUUUUGUUGAAUCCCAAGCGAUAACCGAUAUACCGGGUUUUGCCAACAAGAUUGUUGACGAUUUCUCGAGCCGCAUUGGAGAUGCCGCAGAGAUAUCUCAAGUAUUACAUGCAAAUCAUCGGACCAUGUGCAAAUUUACCGGCGCAGAUGACAGCAAUUACCAGAAAGUACUGGCGGCACUUAAAGAUUUCGUCUCGGAUAUACAAGACCACCUCACAGUCGACAAUGGUGUGUCUAGGAGCCCCGAAGCUUUCUUUAAAAUGCUUCGGUUGAUGCCUGGCACGCCCAGCCCCCAGCGGCUUGUCAAGAUGUUAUCCGUAGUCGAGCAAGACUCCCAUUUAGGUCAUACCCCGCAGCUUGACGAUGGACACUUUGCGUGGGUAUUUGCCAAUCUGGACUACCAAAAAUGGUUAAGUUCAAGAUCAAUCCAGGUACUGUGGCUCUCGGGUCCUUCCCAAUGCCGCCUUUGGGAAGUCUCUUCCUAUCUGAUUCAAUCCAGAAGGAAGGCGGCAUUGACUACCAUUGGAAAUGAAAUGGUGCUUUACUUCUUCUGUACACCCACAAGACUGGAACGACACAUGAGUAUGACUUUCAUCCAUACUAUUCUCUAUCAAAUCCUCCAGUCUUCAUCCGAACUUGUCCGAUCUGAGAUAUCGAGGACAUUCAUUCAGGCUCUUCGUUCCAACUACCCUGACGAAAGAGAGAAGCGGGAGGAGCGUCAGCGUUCUUGGGGGCCCCUUGACACUGAUGCCAACAAUGCUAUCUUGAACGGAAUUCUCUGGGCAGCAAUUGAGAAAGUACUGAUCACACAGGGAAGGCGACAGGUGAUCCUCGCUGUGGAUGGCCUUGACGGCACAACUGAGGCAACAUUCCUUUUUGCGCUAAGGCGAUUCAUCGAGCAUAUCACAGGCCGAAUCGGUGUUAAGGUCUUGGUAACAAGCAGGCCACUCCCGAGUAUCAAGGAGUUCUUUGAUGGAUUCCCUUCAAUUGAGUAUAAUAAGGAGCGAGAGGAAUGCCUGGCAAGACUCCAAAUCGACGAUGCACGGUACCGCAAGAUAUCCCAGGGCCACAGAGGCUCUUUCCAAUGGCUUUGGAAGCAUGAACAGUAUGUGAGCUGGUCCCAGCACAAGGGAUCUAGGCUGCUACACGUCGUGGGGAAACCCGGAAGCGGAAAAAGCACCCUUACCAAGUUCUUCACUCAGCAUGUUCGGGAGACUCAGACAAGCAUGGACAUCCCAGAACCAGCACCGGUGAUAGCAAAGUUCUUCUAUAGUUAUCGAGACGGCGAAAGGCAACGAAGCCACCACAACAUGUUUCGUUCUAUCUUGGCGGAAAUCAUCGCGCAGGAGGAGCCAUUCUUUUAUCAUCACAUCCAGAGUAUUUAUCGCGCACAAGACUGCUGUGAGGGCCGCCUUGAGUGGAACUAUGACUCGCUGGUCCAGGCUCUGAAGGGACUGUGCGACUACUCCACCAACCGGCGCUUCUUCCUUAUUCUCGACGCCAUUGACGAGUCCGAUGAUCAGGAUCGAUACAUGGUCGUCAAUCUCUUACAUGAGAUAUGUUCACAAGCUACAUCAUGCACAGUCAAAGUCUUCGUUGCAAGCCGCCCAGUGGAUCAUCUAGGGUCAAAAUGGUAUCACAAUACCAUCAGACUACAGGACGAAACGAGUGCUGAUAUUCGUCAAUACCUGCUUUCGUUCUUGAGUGGGUUCGAUAUGACAAGUACGUUGGAGCAAGCGAUAGAUUAUAUUGUGGAAACCGCCCAAGGCGUGUUUAUCUGGGUUCAGCUUGUGGGAAGGGAGCUUCAGCGGCAAGUGUUCGCUUCUGAAGAGCAGAUAUUCGGGUUUCUUCAAAAGCUUCCCACUGGCCUCGAGUCUUUCUACGAACUUAUGCUAGAAAGAGCGAGAGAGCAAAGUUUACCGCACUUGAUCAAGUUAUUCCGAUUCGUUUUAUUCGCAGCUCGCCCACUUCUCGUUGGCGAGAUCCGUCAUUUCCUUGCUGUCCCUGACCAACCUGGGGAUGACUGUGCGAUCUCAUACAGAACAUUGACAAAGGCUACCCCAGGGAAGUCCUAUGUAACUCAAUGUGGUGGGGACUUUUUAGAGAUAAAGAACGUCGAUGGUGAUGAGUACGUGCAAUUUAUUCACCAGACUGCCCGAGAGUUUCUUCUUCAAUUUCCAGGACAUACUGCUCCACCUGCACCAUGGACUGAUAGCAAGCUUGCACACAAUCAUAUAUCCAUUAUUUGUUUGAGAUAUCUUAUGCUCUGCGCAAAGGAGGAUCUUCCAGAACAUUUCGAUCUCUGGCGGGAUGCAGACUUCCACAGAUAUGCCGAAUACAUCGAUCAGCUAUUGUUCGCACAGUAUGCUAUCGAAUACCUCGGCCGCCACUUGACGGUCUGCCUCGUGGAAAGUGAAGUGAAGGUAGCCAUAUCGGCGCUUGCCGAGACCAUAUGUUCGAGUAUAACCUGCGCCUUCAUGGAUGACUGGGCCACUUGCUUAGGAGACGACCGCUUGAGGGCCAACCGAGAUAAAACACAAUAUGCAAAGCCAUUUCAGAUGAGGGUUCUGGAGGCUUCUGUUUGUGGUCGCUUUCCUGUGGCCGUCCGAAUCAUCCUUUGCACCGGCGCUGACGUCAAUCACAGGGACAGAGCAGGUGCUUGCUUACUAGCUAACGCAGCUGUCCGCGGCUAUCCCGACAUGGCCUCUGUUCUACUCUCCCACCCGGAAAUAUUACCUGAUGUCAAAGACUCAGCCGGUCGUACGCCUCUCUCGGUAGCGGCAGAACAUGGAAAUGCAGAUGUCGUGCGCGUACUCUUGGGCCACCAAGACGUUGACAUUAAUUCACUGGACGCAACACACAGGACGCCAUUGUCUUAUGCCGCAGAAUAUGGUCGCGAAGCAGCUGUCAAAGUUCUCGCAAAUAACCCGAAGACGGACCUUUUCAUAGCUGACGACAGGUCUAGGAGGCCUCUAUCUUGGGCCGCUAUUGGCGGUAAUGAAUGCGCCAUGGAAUCGUUACUCCGAGCAGUUCUGUCAGGCAUAAGUCUUGGCCCGGAUGAAUUAACCACAGGAGAAUGGAGGGCUGGAAUAAACUCGAAAGACGAUUCAGGAAAAGCGGCGUUGUCAUGGGCAGCGUAUCACGGACACUAUAGCGUUGUGAAGAUGAUGCUCGACAUGCCAAUUCCUCAAGGCGCCCUCGUCCUGGACCCCAACACCUCGGAUGAUCACGAAAUGACACCGCUCAUGCUCUCCGCCAGUGGUGGGCAUCUGGCGGUGGUAGACCUCCUGCUCCAUCGGGAUAAAGUGGACGUUGAAGUACGAAAUGAAGACGGGAUGGGCGUGCUGUCUGUUGCUGCAGCCAGUGGUCACGCCGACAUAGUUGCCCUGCUUCUCGGGGACCCGCGGAUAUACCCCAAUUCCAAGGAUUUCAGGGGGUGGACUGCAACUUGCCAUGCCGCUUUCCACGGCCACAAAGAGGUGCUGAGGACUUUAGUAGCUGACGAACGGACCGAUGUGGAUCUGCCGGAUAAUGAUGGUCUCACACCACUGUGGCGAGCAUCUAUCUUCGGACGUACAAACGCAGUACGGGUCUUGAUAUCCACGAAAGCGGUUGACCUGAAUAUCAAAGAUGUGGACGGCUGGUCGCCCCUGGCAUGGGCCGCACAGGAGAACCACUGGGACGUUGUCAGGGAGCUACUUCAGGCCACCGGAGUCGAGGUUGAUUCGGCCGACUCCCGUGGCCUCACACCUCUGUGGUGGGCGGCUGACCGAGGCAAUGAUCUUGCGGUCAAGCUGCUGCUAGAAAUCGGCCAUGCCAGUUUACAUACAGUUGACGCGGUGGGUCAAACCCCUUUAAUAAGAGCUGCAUGGCGCGGCUACGAGAGAGUCGUCAAGGCUAUACUGCGUGUUGAUACUAGCACUUGUGAUCUUCCUGAACGAUGGGGACGGACACCGCUUUCAUGGGCGGUAGAGACAGGGGACAUUCGAAUUAUACGGGCGCUGCUGAACACAGGUCUGGUCGACUUGGAUCGGAAAGAUGUCUGGGGACAGACGCCUCGGACUAGGGCUGCGGAUUGUGGAGAUGACGAGAUCAUCAGGCUGUUUGAUGCGCUUUGA